UCUGUCCGCCCCAUGCCCCGGGGGGCCAGAACUCUGUGGCCGCUCAGGGUUUUUCACACCGCGGCCCAAUGGAACUCCUGCGACGCCUGGUGCUCGGGAGCCUGAUGGUGGCCGGGACCACGGGGCUGGGGGUCGGGGCCUGGGCGCUGGUAAUGCCGCGGGAGCAGCGCAGGCGGGAGACAGCCAAGGAGCUGCAGGAGACAAACCCCGUGCGCUGGGCGGAGACGCGACACCAGAAUGAGCGGGUAAUGGCAGCGAUCAAAGAGGCAGCUGAAACAAAUGAGAAUGUGGCCCGGCGGCCUUCACCGGACUGGAGCAAGUGACAGCUGAUCAUCACCCUCCCAAAUGGGAGCCAAGGCAACUGGUCCUGAGACCCCCCUGAGGUGGAGCAGGCUGCAUUUUCCAUUCCUGAAGCCAUCUGUGGUCUCCCACAGGCCAGAAUGGGAUGGACACUCCCUGGCUGUCAGCUGCUGUUAUGAUCAGUAACCAUUAUGCUGACGGGGGGGGGGGGGGCUCUGUCUCUUAUUCCCAGCCCCCCUCUGUCUCUUAUUCCCAGCCCCUGGUUACACCCACUGGGUAUGGGGGUCAUGCAGAUCUGACAGAUCAAAAACUACAGCAUGGGGUAAAAAAGCAGCAUUUUCAGGUCUUUAAUAAACUAACCUAGUAAAACCUUGUAAAGACCCAUCUGUUGUUGUAGUUAAAGCAGCUGGUGCAAUGGGGUUGCUGCCUCUUAUGUUAAUCAUCAUGCCUCCCACAGAACUGAAUUUUGAUAAUAUCCAGGCAGCUGGUGGGGGGUAGAUGCCCCUCCCAGCAGGCUAAAAACUGCACAGGCUGAUACUGUUAUUCCUCCACCUUUCCCACUCUGCUAUUGUGUCUUAUCGCCCGGUGAGGGUUUGGAUUUUCCAUUGCAAGAUUUUUGGUGUAGGGUCUGUUAUUUGCUCUAGGUCUUUAAAGCCCCUAGCAGAAUGGGAUCCUGGCUUGACUGGCCUUCAGCAACAGAAACAUUAAGUAAGUGUAGCUUUAUGUUUCCUUCUGUCAGUUUGGUGUACCUACUUCUCAUGGUAUACUGGGAUUGUGCACUUGGGGUAGGGGCCAGCUCUUCCCCAUAGAUCCCUGAUGGGAGCUUCUAGAUGUAGAGAAUGCUGUAGUCCAUAUUCUCAGCAGCACAGGCUAUCAUGAGUGUAGUACACCUGCCUCCUCCCCUCUAUACUGACUUCCCCUAAGUUAAACUCAAGGCCUUGGUUCUUAUCUUCAUUGUGCUCCAUGGCUGAGCCCAAGUUGCCUAAAGCUUGAGGACCAGAAGAGCAGAGCACUCUGCUCCUCAGGCACAACAGAACUCUGGCAUCAGUUUGUCUGUACAAGAGACAGUGCUUCCCAGGGGGCUGAUCCCAGAUUGUAAUAAACUCCCCCAGGAACUAAGAAUCAACCCCAAUUUCCCCAUCUUCCACUCCAACGGUCUGGGCCACAUCUCCAACCUGCCUUUGCGAACAUCCGCACAUAGAAUAUAUCAUCUCUAAAAAAACCCAGCCAUAAUGAUAGCAGUAACAAAAAUCUUCCUUUGCUCCUCCUUGUUGAAAGAACCAGCUGUGCCAAAUGUUAGUCAUAUCACUUAAUGCAUCUUUCACAAAGAAGCCAGAUACCCCAGGGAAUAGGACUGUAUAAGAACCAGAAUGGAGCAGAGUUGGUGCUACUGCAAUACAAAGGAAUAAUGAUAAUGUUGAAUAAUAGUUGUUAAAGUUUUUGAUAUAAAUAAAAAACUACUUAAGCCUCCUG